GUUGUUAUAUCUCGUUUACAAGAACUGUGCUCAAGCUUGCUCACACUUGGUACAGAGUGUUGUCACAAGAGAACAAACAUUGAAGCAUCUAAAUGUUUAGCUGGUUUGAUAAAUAGAAUAAAAGAUGGUAGGUCUUCUGUCUCAUAAACCCGAAUUUUUCAUCCCCACAUGCGCCAGCCGGACAGACAUGCUGGCGUGAUAUACAGGCUGAUUAUAGCAUGAUAUGCAGGUUGGUUAGCGUGAUAUUCGGGCUGGUUAUGGCGUGAUAUACACUGGUUAGCGUGAUCAUAAAUUAGUUUGAGUAUAGAGUUAGGUUUCCCCUGUACUCGCAAAGGAAAACUAAUUUGCAAUUCAUCUAAUGAAAUCAUAUAUCCGCAAGCUGUGAUAGUGAAAAAGUUGAUCAAGAUGGGGAUUUUAUACUAUAAAGAUAUAUUACAUUUCUUCUUUGAAUGACUCAAAUAUUACACAUACCAAAAAUCAUAUUUGUGGUUAGUCGCACUUUAAUAUAUCAAGUUCGAGAAAUACUUUUACAUUUAUAUCAUUACUAAUAUAGAUAAUAAAGUUGAAGAGGAAAUAAGAAAAUGUCUUCAAAAGUUAGAUCCAUUGUUAGAAGCAGGUCGGAGCGAAGAUGAAAAAUGGCGUGCAACGAUUGUUUUAAUUUGGGUAAGUGGGAAGACGAAGUUAAAAUAAACAGUUAUCAUGGCACAUGGAAAAAAUUAAGCGACAAUUUCCAAUGUUAAUCCUACUAUUUUGCAGAUAACGAAAGCAUUAUUAAUACGAGCACACAGUUUUGGUGUACAAUUACUUGAGAAGGUGUGAUAUGGUGGUUUUAAUUGUUUCUGUUUUUUUGUUCUGUUCUUCAGCUUAUGUUGCCUAAACUAAAAAAGUUAUAAAUAACUUGCAUGUUAAACUAAUUUUUAUCCAGGCAAGAAAAAGUAAAUUCCCGUAAAGAACUUAUUAAAAUUAGUAAAAUUGGUUACGAAAUGUUGUAAAAUACGGAAAAUAUAGAUAUGCGAAGUUUGCAUAUUUUGUAUAUGUUUGUAUUAGGCCAAUUAAAAAUAAUUUUCAGUUUUUCAUCGCCGCCCGCCCCUGAAAAAUUGGCCGCCCGGAAUAAUUUUUUUAUUAUUAUUAAAUCGGAAUUGGUCGGAAGUAGUCGGAAACCGAACAUUGGCGGCCAUAUUGUUUCAACAUGCCUUUCGUUGUCGUUCAAAUACGAGCUGGAACACAAGUUUUGAAGCCCUGGAUUGAAGCCCUGUCGGAAUUGUGGUUCAAUGUCAAGAUUGUGACAAAUGGAGAUGCCUGUAUUCCAAGAAAAAGAUUUCGCGUAAACUGCAUGGUAAAGUUGAAAGUGCGUUGGAGGAUUUGUCCUACACAUGUGGCAGUGUGUUCUCGGAUUUGGAGGAUGAAGAAAUGAGAGGGGUUUUUUAUUCAGUGUUUGUGAAAGCCAGUCUCGAUUGCAGUCAACCAACAGAAAAGCCGUGGUAUGCAGCAGGUUUUGAAGACAUUUGCUUCUUUUGUGGCGUUGAAGACGAUCUUAAUACCAAUCCCGAAAGCUAUCCACUAUGUGAAGAGUGCAAGAAACCUCGCAAACCAGAGAAGCGAUCAUCAAGAAAGAAGUUUAAAAAAACUUGA